AUGAUAAUUGAAAACGUAAACAAUGACAAGAAGCAAACAACUUUCGCUGCUAUGGAAGGCUUCAUUCCUUGUUUUGACGGUCAUUUACCAGUCAUCUCCAUGCUGUUCUUUGUGUUGAUUUUGGGUUCCGCUAUGAGUAUUUCCAGUGCCACUAUGAGAAUGCCAAAGAAUAAUUUGUAUAGCAAUACAAGUCUCAUGCAAGGAAGCGCUUUGACCACUCAAAGUUACAGGUCCAGUGACAGCUGUGUACAAAUGUACGAGGGUUUAUCCCUAUGGCUUAUUAUGGCCACCACACUUCCGAUAAUAAUCAACUUUGGUACCAUGUUUGUGAUAGCAAUCACUAUCUAUCAAGUGAAACAGGUGAAGCCGCUAUGUGAUAACCUCACAUCCAGCACCCAUUGGCUAUCCAGAACGGCUGUUAGAGUUGGCAUUGGUCCGACUGCAAAGAAAGCCCUCGUCGAUUAUGCAAAAGGAAAACCGGAAUUUGCCAAGCUCAUGGCUUUCCCUACAUGAUAAUUGCCUAAAAGUUUUUCAAUUCGUUUUCAAAAGAAAUGAAUGUGAAC